AUGGCGGACAAGGUUUCUCGGACUAGUACUUUGUCUGGGGCAAAACCCGUUCCCAUGAAGCUGUUUGCUUCAUGGGAAAUUGAAAAAACAUCUCCGAAUUGCGUUCCACGGUUAUGCACUCUGACACUGACGAGACUUGUUGUCCAGAAGCCAUUAGAAAAUGAUCUGACUUCCAUAACAGUUGCUGUGAAGAUGCAGAGCUCAAAACGAAUUCUACGAUCUAACGAAAUUCUUGUUCCUCCAAAUGGUUUGGUUGAUACAGAACUGGAGUUAUCGUUUUCAUUACAAUAUCCUCAUUUUAUUAAGCGUGAUGGAAAUAGACUGCAAGUGAUGCUUCAGAGAAGAAAAAAGUAUAAAAACAGAACAAUACUUGGUUUUAAAACUCUGGCUAUAGGUCAGGUUAACAUGUCCCAUGUGCUGCAGAGAUCUGUUGACAAAAACCUCAAUCUGUUCAGUGAUCUGAAGGAACACACAAACCUGGUGGCUCAUGUCACGGUGCUCAGUCUCUCUAGUCAGCCAGUCGAUCACGAAGACAAUGGAAAUAGAAAACCGGGCUCUUCCGAUAUAGAUCGGUCGCCCGAUGUCGAUAUAGAGAGUGAUGAGGAGGACAUCCACGACUACAAUGACCAGGACUACUCGUCCAACGACGAGAUGAGCGACAGUGAACCCAUGAUGCUGGACGACGAUGGACACACGCGGCCUCGGAAGACCAGUCGCGGCAAGGUCCGGCCCGUUACGUCAAGACAACGAAAUAUUAAGCAAAAGUUUAUUGCACUCUUGAAGAAGUUCAAGGUUUCAGAAGAUGUCUUGGACUCAGAAGCUGACCACGAUCUCAUUGACCCUGAUGCAGCGCCGGCUGACAUCGAUGACCUUUUUGAUGAGUUGGAUGACCUCAGUGACAGUGGUCCAGAACUCGACACGCUGAGUGUCAUGUCAACACCAAAGCCAAGGCUGAGACCCUUUUUUACUGUGAGCCGUUCCUCUAACUCUCAGGAUUUUGAACCACCUCGGUCUCAAGAGCCCUUGAAAUUGAGUGACGACAGUUCACCUAAUUUGACACCACCUACAUGUAAUUUGACACCACCCACUUGUAAUAUGACAAAUGUUGCAAAGAGGACUGAUGUAGAUAUAAAUGUUGAAAAAGAUGUGGAUUUAUCCGACUCUCAAACUCCGAGCGAGUCGUCGCCAAAAUUAAAAUCAGAUCUCCUCAGACCCAAGUCCCGCCGAUUUAUGCGGGAAAGGAGUACGUCGUAUCGUGAAAAAAAGACGAAAAAGGAACACAAGAGUGUUAUAAGGCGAAGCAGUUACGGUCGUGCCGACAACGCGCCACGUAAAGCUCUCCUUGAUCAGCUGAGUAAUGUCCUUGGUAAUGGAGAUGAUCGACUGCCGGACAACGUGUUUCUUGUCAAUACAGCUGAAUGGCAGGGCCAGGUUCUGGUUCAGAAGCUGCAGGACAAACAGUGGAAGAUCAUCUGCACGUGCUCAGAUGCUGACGUCAAGGCAUCCAUCAGCUUUUUUGUGAACAAAAUACAAAAAUUUUGUAACAGCAACCCGCAGAGCCCUUGUAUUAAGGUUGGAGUGGCUGGCGGUGACUGCUACAUAAACUCUGUGCUUCGCCCAUAUGUAGAGCAGUUCUCUGCCAAAUCUCCAGACUGGCAGAACUUCAUUCGAUUUCUAGUCAUUCCAUUUGGUACCAGUUGUAUUGGAAAAUGUCUUGCCGCUAUGGACAGCACCUAUGCUUCCUUGUUUUCUGAUUCCUUAUGGAAGGACACAUUCGAUAAAACAGAUCCAUCAAAACCUUCCCUUGAUUCUCAAGAAAUAGUGAAUCGUUUAUCGAAGUACUUGACUGGGGCCAGCAAUGUUUACAUGUUUCCCAUAGCAGAAGUUAUGGUAAUGUGUAAAGGAAAGUGUGCUGAUGAAGAAUCUUCCCAGAAAUUUAUACCCUUUCUUAGUGAGGUAAAGAUUGGAACACAAGAACUGACCAAUACAUCUGUUGAGUUUGACGAAGGCGCGGCCAGUCCUCCCAGUCAGGCACUGUCGAGCUCCCCACCCACCAGUACAAUCAUUCUCAAACCUGGAGACGCCCAGACUCCACCGAGCUCGCCAAACAUCAGUGCUUUAUCUCCGUCUACUAGCCAACCUUCAGGAAUAGCUGCUGGAGUGACAGGCGAGUUCCUUGACCUGCAGGUCGACUACUGGAUUGGCUCCAGCAAGUCGGAGGGUCUCGACAAGGCCAGUAAGAAGGACAGCAACAAGUGUUCGCUGAAGACGGCGUUCCGAUCGAUACACGUCUGUCGACUCUCACACAACCACGAGUGUAUCCUGCCCACAUUCACCAUGUCUGUUGUCGUACGGGAGAAGAAACAAAAGAUUAUGAGGAUAGGGAAGAAAACAAAAGAACUGGAGUCAAAGAGUCAGAUUAUUGAUGGGAUCAGCCGUCUUAUUUGUACGUCGAAAAGUCAGAAUGUAGCUCUCAAUGUUGUUAUUGAUGGCGUGGAGUGGAAGGCUGUCCGGUUUUUCCAGCUUUCUUCUCAAUGGCAGACGCAUAUAAAGAGUUUGCCUGUGGCUACCUUUGGCUUCUUCGAACCAGUAUUAUAGACGAGAAUGAUUAAUCAAUGUGAAUUUCAUUUAGGAGGCAUUUUCUUGGGAGGAUAAUGAGGAAAUGAAGAGCAUAGGGAACAAGUGAUGACCACUGACCUGAGUAAAAUGUUGUUUACGACAAUGUGUCAUGUUUGCUUAUCCACAAAGCAAAAUCUGUGGCAUUAUGACAGCAGGACCUUGGGUGUACUUUUGUUCAGUGUUCGAGUGGAUCUGCUACCAGUGAUUGACUACUAGUGACCAAGUCACAGCUGCUACUAGUGACUGAGUCAUAUCUGCUAGUAGUGACUGUCAUAUCUGCUAGCAGUGGCUGUGUCAUAUCUGCUAGUGGUGACUUUGUCAUAUAUGCUAGUGGUGACUUUGUCAUAUCUGUUAGUGGUGACCGACUCAUAUCUGCUGGUAGUGAUGAGUGACAAGCACCACUAGAAAAUGAGUCACAGCUUCCACUAGUGAUUGAGUCGCAUUUACUGCCAGUGAAAGAAGUACAGAUGGUAGCAAAGAGAAUGGGUCCAGUUCUUUUCAGAAAUAUUUUUAAUGAUGAUGGUGAACUAAACAUGUUUUCAUUAAUACUGAUGUUUGCUGUUUUGUCUAUGUGCAAUCGUAUUUACUGUAGCAGUUAGCGUAAAAUAAUUGGUAAUCUCAUCCAUUUCAUUGGGUAGUAAAUUAAUUUUACAUCUUGGGCUGAGGCUAAAGUAGUGUAUAGUAAAUAUACAUUGUUUUUCACUGGUUAAUAAACCUGUGACUUCAUAAUUAUUUUGCAUGUAAAAGAUGAUGCAAUUUGACAUUUUACAACAAAUAAGUAAAUAUAAAUUGGAUGAUGUUUGAGGAAUAUCAUGUUUAUUUUGUAUCAGGGCCAGUACAGGGAAAUUCCUUUGGCUUCAAUCAGUGCUAUCUAAAGACCUGUAUCACCUAAAAGAUACAAAGUAGUUUGAAAACCUAAUGUUUGGGAAAUUUGUCAUUCGUUUGAAUCUGAGUUGACUGUCCCAACAGCUGUUAAUUAAUUAUUGUAAACUGAUGGCGAGUGUGUUCUGUAUUGGUUAAUUACAUUCUUUUUCCGGGAUCAAAUAAAAAUAACACCUGGAAAGCUAAUGACGUAAUUAGAAAGUGUCGUCAUAAGCAGUUGGAACAGGCCAAAUUUACGGUUCAAGGGUCUACAGUUAGAUUGUAGCCAGGUAUUAUUUUUUAAGAAAUACCAAAUAUAAAGUUAGUUCCGUAGAAAAACAAUUCAGUUUCCAAUGGACAUAACCAUAUUGAGUUUUUAGAUUCGUGGGUGUUAUUAUCUAUUUGAUGCCCACAAAUGUUUCAUUUUUAACCUCAGACUAAUGCCUUCAGUCAAAAAUGACAUUUGUGGGAUCAAAUAGACAAAAACACCCACAAAUCUAAAACCUCCAUAUGGUUAUCUCCUAAUUAAUCAUGUGCUAAAUUGAAUAUUAUUUAUUAUAAAUAUUUUGUAUUUUAAGAUGGGCAUUGUUUUGGCAGAUGUUCAUUUGGGCAUUAUUAUUGCUCCAAGGUUUGACUCUUGCUAAUGAACAUUUAAAAUGAUGAUAUUGUGGGAAAUUUUUAUUAUGUUUUAAUGAUGUACUUAAAAAACAUAGUAGAACACAAAUGUAUUAUGAUUUAAUGAUGUAAAAGACGCAUGGUUGAAUAUAUUAUGAAUUUGAAAUUUUGUAUUAAUAGACUAAGUAUAAAAAUCAUCAUCGCUGUGACUAUUAUAUAAGACUAUAGGCAGAAAAAAGGAAAACUUAUUAAACAAAUAGUAUUUAUAAACAAACUUUCAAUAACUUGAAACCAGCCUUUACUGGGCAGGCUGAUUAAGGCAAUGUGAUGCUUCAAUCAGAGAAUUUUUUUUUAUCAUAUUUGUCAGAUUGGGUGAUAAUAUUUGCUGAUAACAUGUGAAUUUAAGUUAAGAAUUAGUACAAAUGAAUUAAAAUUACAAAUGAAUUAUAAUUAAUGGUUUUCGUUGCAUGUAGUUCAAGCAACAGUGUGAUGAAUUUGUAGCUACAAAAAUCAUCUACCAGUCAGCAUUUUUACCUUCAUUAAAACUGCUGACCCUAGUUUUUAACCACUGUAAAUAUUUACCACUAUUACGGCUUUUUUACCAUUAACUUACACAUUACAUAUAAUUACAACCAUGCACAAAUUAUCAAUUUCGGCAAAUUCUGUGUUUCUGGUUGUCCUGCUCGUCUGUAAUAGCUCAAAAUUAAUUUCAUGGGAAACAAAACAAAACAAAGUUCAUCCCUCGGAAACUAGGAUCAGUGGCUUUAACAGUAAAUAAAUAAAAAAAGACAGAUGUUAUACAUUUAUUCAUGACAUAAAUUACCAAUGAUCAAACCAUUUUAAUUUUGUACUGAUAAAUGUUUUAGCCAAGAUUUGUCUGUACAAAAUUGUCUUGCUUUCCAGUGAUGAAAUUUCUAGUCCCAUUGGAUCUGUGUAAAUUGCUCUAGAUUAUUAAGGUUGUGUGUUCAGUGUAUGGAUGUUUACUUUGAAUCAUUACGGGAGACGUAUUUGAGUACUAUGAAAUAUGUAUUUGAAGAUAUAUACACAUGUAGUAUACAGAUGUAAUUAUUAUAAGUUAUGUACAUAAUUGUACUAGGUUGUUAGAACUGCAUUUGCUCUCAUAACAUAGUUAUACAUUCCAGUUUGCAUCUCAUGUUACACGCCCAGUUCAGUAGGUUUUCACCUCUACUCAGUGUUCUUAGACAAUUGGUUAUAUAUCAUUUUGCUCAAAUCAAGAUGUCUUUCUUAUGCUUAGGUAUUUUCUUAAUUUAUAAUAAAUAUAUAGAUUUAGUUGUGUUUCUAGAUCUGAAGUACUUUCAUUAGGCACAUGCUGCCAGUUUAGAUUCCUACCCAGCUACAACUUUUUGCAGUUGAGACUAUUGGCUGUAGCUAACACAGUGGUAAUAACCUUUUUGUUAAAUAAUAAAAUCACUUUGUGUGGGAUAUUUUAGUCAUUUUAUGUACAGUAUGAUAAUAGAUUAUAGCUGAAAGUUAGCUACAUACUUAAAAGAAUAGAAACCCUCACCUCUUCUGUUUAUUUAAUCUCUUAAUAUUACAGAAAAGAAAGUUAAUUAGCAUAACUUUUAUUGUCUGCGCUGUUUAAUAAUUUAUACUACUGAUACUCUAAAGAAGUUACGGGUCAAGUGAUUUGUUAAUCCUUAUAUUUUUAUUGAUAUUAGCACCAUAGGUGUGAGAUGGCUUAUAAAACUGAAUCUGAAAGAAGCAUAGGUUCUUAAGGAUGAGUCUUGAUCACUAAGUUGUCUUACGGAAGUUCAAAGUCGAAUGCAUUUAUCACUUCCAAUUGAUCAGCAUUUUCUCCUAAAAUUUGGCGAAUUUAAACUGACAUUAAAGGUUAAAAAAUGUAUUGUACCACUACAAACAUCAUGCACGUUUUGCAUGCGUAAACCAUGCAGUUUCACAAUAGUUUUCACGUUAUCAAUUGUAUGCGACCAUGGUGUGACAGAUGUGGUCAAACCCAUAAUGGACAUGUGUUACUUUCAUUUUCAUAUCUCAUCACAUUCGUAUACUAAAGCUUGCUUCUGUGUUGCCAUAGGGAACUUGGCUGAUUUCAUUUGUGGCCAAGUUUGGUUAUUUUUUAAAACAUUUGACCUUUAACUCUUUUUUGAGUACCGUAGUAUUUAUAUUAUAGUGAGGACCAUUAAAAUAAUAUGUUCCAUUAAGAUUGAAAGACAUUCGAAGAUGUGAGCAUAUUUCAGUUUGGUCAUAAUUUCCUGAAAGUUCUUUUGAACACAGUAUGCAGUCUGUGAGUUAAAAUUAAGAGUCCAAGUCCAUAUAUUAGAAUAGUUUACAAGUAAAGAUCCAAAUGUUAUACUUUUAGUAUAUUUCUGUAUUUGCUACUAUGUGCAUUUAUAUAUUUGAGGUCGAAUAAUAGUUGAUUCAUGUUUUAUUAUGGAUUAUAGACAACCAAAAGAUUAAAUAAAGUAGACAGGUCUAGGUGAACUUUCAUCUGCAAAUAAUCUACAAAAUGGAUCAAUUAAAUUUCAUCUGUAAAUUGUUCCAUUUCAUUUAUAUUUUUAAUCAGAACAUUUCAGUUGAGUGGAGGUGGGAUGUAUUUUGGUACUGUUCAUAAAUCAGCCAAGGCUUUUUCAAAUUCAUCAAACUGCUGAAACAUUUCAAGACUAGCUUAUGACUGGUUGGAUGAAAGGUCACCUGGACAUAACCAUGUAUCAGAAUACAUCAGACAUUAACAUAAUUAAGAGUACCAUAAGUGAAUUUAUUUUUAGAAUCAAUUACCGGUACAGUUGGAUUGAUUUGUUAUUAUUACCAAAAGGAUUUAUGUUGUCGAAUUAAUUUGGCCAAAAUAUUAAUUAUUGUCACUGCAGAUUAUGUGCAACUUUCGAUGUGUUGAUAAAUUGGACAUUCUUUAUUUAUGUCAAGAUUUGCAAACCAUUUAGUGCUUCGGUUUAAAUGCUAGUUGUUACCAAAGACAUGCUGGGCUAAGGUUUUGAUUGUGCAAGAUUUUGUUUGUAAAUCAAGAGUUGGUGCUAUUUGUGGAAUAGUUGGCAUUGUACAAUCACUAGUUCUCAAGAUGGGGAGGGGUGGGCUUAUCUUCUACAACACCAGUGCAUUUCAGCUCCAUUGUACAAUGAUGGAAUGACAUAAUUAUUUUAGUUUUUUGUAUUCUAGUGUUUUGUCGUAUGCACACAUACUAACAAAUGUUUGUCAGCCAUGUAUAAUAAUCAUGUUUAUUUCCAAAUAUAUACUGUAUGAAAGUCCCAAAUUGGGUCAUGUAAAGAAGCAUGUUCAAUAUUUCUGUUACAGCUAUUAAAUGUGUUUUUAAACAUUCUUAUUUAUGGUAGUUAUUAAAUGGUUAUACGUAACUAAACCAUUAAAUAUUAAAAUAAAAUAUAAUAGGAUCUCAUUUUCCCGACGAAGGCAGCUUAUCUGCUGCCAAAAUGUCGGACAUUAAUUGUAACAGAAAUAUUGAACAUGUUUACUUCCAAAUAGUUUUAUUGUAUUUUUCCCCACAUCUGUACUUCCAUAGGAAAUUAUUAUUGUAUCUCAAACAUUGUUGUUGCAGCUAUUAGUAGUCUGUCUAUAGAAGCUACUGCAUUUUUCUCAUCUUUAGAACAGCAGUUAUGCUUGUUUUGUUAACACAUACAUGAAUAUGGAGACUGUGUUUUCAGCAAGUGCAUGUGCAAAAGGAUGGAUAUGUUUGUGAGAGAUACCUUUUGAAAUCUGACCCAGUCAGGGAGUCUUGCUGAGUUAAAUAUCAGUCGACUGGUGUUUAACAACUGUAUAUCCUGAAAAAUGUUUGUUAAAUUCAAUAUUUAAUAUGUAAUUUGAUUUAGUCUUCCAGAUGUUAGAAAUUGUGUGAUCAGUAUGUCAAAAGUUAAUCAUUGUAUUACUACAUUUCACAUUCUAACUUAUCAUGUCUCUUCAUGACCUUCACAAAACAUAAUGCCUCUGUUGUCAGCCAUCCAUAAGGACAGUUAGGGUCUUGUUCCUAAACCUUAGUGGCAGUGUAUGGACUCAGUCUUGUAAGCAUUUUGCGAGGUGUUAAAGUUGGAUCUCUCGAGCUUAAAUGUGAAUCCUAAUCAUAUUGAGUUUUAUAAAUAUGGCCUUUGAUGGCCUAGUAAAUGAUCUGAAUAUUAUACUGGCUUCAGUUGACAACAUUUGUAAUCGUCUCUUCCCAUAGUAACUAAUUUUUCUACAACUUACAAAGGCUUCCUAUUGCUUUGUAGUCCUUUCUAAUCAUUUCACUUUAUCAGUAAUUCCGAUUUGGUUCAAUUUACUUUCUGGAAUGUAUAUAUCACAGGACAUUUCUUGACAGCUACAACAUAAGUCAGAACACAUGGCGAAGUAUAGCUGUAUCUAAAUGUGUUUAAUGUCAUUGUUAACCUGUCAAUACAGUACAUUACACUGCUUGCCAUACACUUAUUUUUAGGAAGUAAUAUCAAGCAUAAGCAUUUAAAAUGAAUUCUACUUCACCGAAAUUCACACAAAAUGAAAUAGUUAUAAAUCAGAUUAGUAGUUGAUUGCAGUAGAAAUCUGGUGGGUAGUUUUGUUUAUUCUUUAAAUACAAAGCAGAUGUUGCUGGUCACUCUACUUGUUGUUUGUAAAAAGACAAACUUACGAAAUGACUUUGUACAUUUUUGUUCUUCUGUAUUUAUUCUUUCAUGGAUUGUAUUGUAUAAUUGUAUAAUAUGAAUUAUACAGGUAGCUGUUUUAUAGUUUAAGGACAGCUUGUUACAAAGGUUUUCUGAAAAUGAGCCAAUAGUAAAAGAGGUUGGGAGUGAGUAUAUGUUUUACAUGUAUACAAUGCACCUGCAAUUUUAAUUUUUUAACCAGAAUAUAACCACGGAUUAUGCAUUAGAAGCUUUUAAUUAAAAAUGUUAGAUUUUUGUUUAUGCAUAGUCUUAUCUUAAUUCAUUGCAGGAGAAUUAAAGAGAAAAAAAAGUGACCUAUAAGGGAAUUGAAGGGAAAAGUGACAUAUGGGUGAUAAAAUUAAGGGUACAUUAGAAAAAAAUAGACAAGAAAUUGUACACAGAUGGGGAAAAUUAACGACUUUGUACUUGGCAGCAUGUAAUCAUAUAGAUUUUAGUGUUACCAUGUUGUGCAAACGUUUCAGUUUAUGCUGGGAAAUGCGUUUAGCAUCAUGUUGUAUAUUUUGUUACUAGCUAUAGGAAUAUCCAACCCAUGACAUCUAGUAAUAGUAUGAUACACAGAAUUCAUUUUAAUUUUCCAAGAUGGAAGUUAUGUUGUUAAAUAUAUGUACCAACUCCAUGCUUAUUGUAAAUAUGACUAAGGACAGUCCCAAUUGUACAUGUAGAAAUCCUGGGCUUAUUUUGAGGAAACCUUGGUAGCUUCGAACUGGUUUUGUGCAAAUGCUGUUAUUUUGUUGUUUUUGUUUUGGAGAAUUUUAUUUUGUUUUUAAGCUACUUGGAUUUACGUGUAUGUGUAUGCUUUGUUGUCUUGGCUGUGGCCAAGGAUAAUUUUAAUGUUGAUUUCAUGGGUCCAUGGGUUUUGUUGUUCAUAUUUUUGGUAUGAAGUGUUUCCAGGGUCUGUGCUUAUAAAACUUUAGAAUUUAGACUCCAAUCUUUAAUGCCAUCACAAGCAUGCAUGAUGUUAAAGUCUUAAAAGUCUUCAGUAUAGACUUUACGGGCAAAAUUGACGAAGCCUGGUUUUCUUAAACAGGGAUUUAAGCCUUGUAAAUGUCUAUAGUUACACACGUGUAAGACAUAAACAGGCUUUGUAAAUUCGGCCCUAAUAAUUUUGAAAGCAUGGAGGUAGAUGACUACAAAAUGAAUUUGGCUGGACUGUUAUUAAACUUCAGGGCUAGCUCUGGCACUCCCCAAAUUCGCCAGUUGCAAAUAUUAAAAGACAUUUUCUAAUUUUAUUUUAAUUUGGCAAAAAAAUUACAUUUUUUUACAGAAUAUAUUAGCAUUUCUGCUAUUUUUGAAAUUUAAUAGAUAAUUUGGCGAAAUUUUCUUCUCACCCAGAAAUUUUCUUUUCACCAAAUUAAAAUAGAUUGUUGUACAUAUUAAAGGCUGACAGUCAGAAAUGGUUAUGUCCAAUCAAAAUUUUUAAAAAUAAUACACCCCCCCCCCCCCCCAGUUUAAUCAUUUAAUGUUUUAAAAAGUCAGAAAAAAGCAAAAAAGCAAUUGUAUUUAAUUAUUCAAAUUUUAAAUUCCUUUGCCUCACUACUUGUUCACCCACAUACCCGUAGCCCUUUAAUAAACAAAUAAAAUAAAAUAAAAUAAUGAUAAUUUUUAAAAUUUAUUUUUCAUAAAAAAAAAAAAAAAACCCCAGGAAAAAAGCUAAGCAAUGCACUACUCUCAUGUUGUAAUUAAACUGGACAUAACUAGUUCAGGUUGUCAACCAUCAGUAUGAAAUGUUUGGGUUUUCUUUUUCCUUCAACAAAAGUUUUGUGGUCUAAAACAAUUAUAACAGUUGAUUACUUUACAGUAACAUUUAGCAGUGGUAUUUGACUGUUGCUAAUAAACCAUUUGUGCGUGUUUAUGUAAUACUAAUACAUGUGUAACUUAUUUUUCUGACAUUUUUUAAGGGCUGUUCCAAAAAUAAUUACUAAUACAUUGGGGACAAAAUGUUUUUGCCAUAUCCCAUCAUCCAUAAAAUAAUGUAAUUUGGCUUUAUUAAAAUGUUCAGCAAUUAAAAAGACUGGAAUGGUUUACAUUCUCUCUCUCAUAUAUCCUCUCACAUGAUUAUUCCAGUUUUAGCCAUGUAACAUGUCUUUGUAACCAACCAGCAUUGGUAAUUCAGCAUGAUGCUACAUAUGGGGUGAUGCUUGGUUUAUGGAAUACCAUCACUGGUGGUGUAGUGAUUAGGCUGUCUGUAUUAAGAUUAGGAGGUGCUGAGUUCGCAUCCCAGUAAUGGCUGCAAUCCAGAGCAAGUUUUAAUAGCUCAUUGGGGAGAUUUAAGGCCUUUACCACGACUUCUUUUAGCUAACACCUGACAGGUGAGGUGUGUAUGUGUGUGUCCAAAAUAGCAUGCAUGAACCUUAAAUGGAUAAAAGCACACACAAAAAAACUUUUAACAAAAAUCAUAUACAGUAUAUGGAAUAUUUGAUGUGUAUUGAAAAUAAUCUGUUGUGUGUGUACGUUUUUGUAGGUUUUAAUAGACCUGAAUACCACAGCUGCAAGAAACUUUGCUGCAUUUCAUUAGCAUUAUACUACAAAUGUAUAGAUUUUAUCAUUUCCUUUUUAUAGUUUUUAUUCAUUUUACUCUGGAUUGGAAACGUUUUUGUUAUUCGUCUUUCAUUCAUUUAUCCAAGGGAGUCAUUUGAUUAAAAAAAUUAAAUCUACAAUUGUAGAAAAAUUAGCUAACACAUCCUGUAGUACUACGUACUAUUUUCUAAAACAUACCUGUGAGAAACUUUUUUUUCUACUUAUCUUUUCUCUGUGUUCAGUGGUUAACCAUGACUAGUAUUGGGUAUAAAGAAACAAUCAUAUGGGGACGGAUUUACAAAGCCUGUUUUUUUUAAACGCAUGUAUGCAUAAGUCCUAAACAGGCUUUGUAAAUUCGGUCCAUGGAGUACAGGUACAUGUAACAAGAUACAUUUUCUCUUCUUCUCUAUAAAUGUGUCAACAUUAAUUUUAUACAUGUCAUAUUGGAUACAUGUCAUAUUGGCUUUUUCAGACAAUAAAAGGAGCUUGCGUAUCUAA